GAUGUCAUUGGUGAGAGGAAGCAGAGUGCGGGGAAGUGGGGAGGGGGCGGGAAUUCCCGGCUGGAGGCCGGAACGGAGCGGUUGCAAUGUAGCGAGGCCCGUGCGAGCAGGUAAAGGAAUUUCACAGGUGUGGACAGGGAACUUAGGCACCCCCUGCCCUCCAAACUGCCACUACCAUGGUGCCCUGGGAAGAGCCAGAACGGCUGGUGUGGCGUCCAGAAGCUGUGCUUGCAGUGCCUGUGGGGCUGGAGGUAAAGAUGGGUGCCCUGGUGGUGCUGCUGGCACUCACCCUGUUUUGCAGCCUUGUGCCUAUCUGCGUGCUUCGACGUCCCAGUGCCAACUUCGAGGACUCAGCCUCCAGAAAGAAAAUCCUGAGCCUGGUGAGCUGCUUUGCAGGUGGUGUUUUUCUGGCCACCUGUCUCUUGGACUUGCUUCCAGACUACCUGUCUGCUAUAAAUGAGGCCCUGAGUGCCCUUCGAAUCACUCUUCAGUUCCCACUGCAGGAGUUCAUUCUCGCCAUGGGUUUUUUUCUGGUUCUGGUGAUGGAGCAGAUUGUGCUAGCCUACAAAGAGCAAUCAGGGCCCCUUCCAAGAGAAGAGACUCGAGCACUCCUGGGCACAUCGGGCAGUGCACCUCCCCAUUGGCAUGAUGGACCAAUGGCUGAUGGGACUUCUUCUGCCCCUUCAGCCUUAAGGGCCUGUGUCCUGGUCUUCUCACUUUCCCUACACUCAGUAUUUGAAGGGCUUGCCGUGGGGCUGCAGCGGGAGCGAGCCCGGGCAAUGGAGCUGUGUCUGGCGCUGCUCUUGCACAAAGGGGUACUAGCUGUCAGUCUGUCCCUACGGCUACUGCAGAGCCGGCUGCGGGCUGGAGUGGUAGCCAUUUGUGGGGUCCUUUUCUCCUGCAUGACACCAUUGGGUAUUGGGCUGGGGGCUGCACUAGCAGAGUCAGCAGGGCCUCUGCACCAGCUGGCACAGUCAGUACUAGAAGGCAUGGCAGCAGGCACCUUCCUUUAUAUCACUUUCCUGGAGAUCUUGCCCCAGGAACUGGCUGCUUCUGAGCAGAGGAUCCUCAAGGUCAUCCUACUUCUGGCUGGUUUUGCCCUGCUCACUGGUCUGCUUUUUAUUCGUGUUUAAAUCACCUCUGAGGGAUGGGGGCUUUGGGAGCUGAAAGUGCAUAUGAUGGGGGAGGAGGGGGGUGGAGUGCAUUGGUGGGUGUUGUAGACAGGACCCCAGAGAAUGACCAGUGUAGCAUGAGACAAAGAACAGAUAAAACUCCCCAGGAAUGUAGGGGGAGGUGAAGAAGGGAGAAGAAAACUAGAAAAACACUAGACAAGACAAAGGGACAUGUGAACAGGUGAUAGAAUACAAAGACAGACACUAAGGGUAGGGCUAUCAGAGAGUGAGGAGUGGAAAAGGAAUCUGGAGCCCUUGGGGGUACUGAUUCUAUCCCAUUCGUGUACUCUCCUGGAGAAGUCCCUUUUUUUUUUCUUCUCCUGGCCCCAUCCCCUUCUCAAUGUUCACUUUUUAAAGGGCAUGAUGACUGAUGACAUCCACUGGCCAAGUUCCUUGCCCUCAGCUGAACUUCCAUUCCUCUUAUAAAGUGCCAAAUACCCCCCUCCCCCUUUUCACAAAGCACAUUGAUGUUGGGCCUUGCCAGGCAGCUAAA